AUAUAACUUUGUUAUUUAAAGAAUUAUUUAAAAAAAUAUAUAAGUAAUUUGCCAAAAACGCUACGAAAAGCAACAAAGUUCUAUUUUGUCCGGUAGAUAUUGCUCUGCUGCAAGUCUUGGACCAUGGUAGAAGUACUAUGUAUACUAAGUAUUUCUACCAUGGUAGUUACGUACGUGUGAUAAUAUAUAUGAAACCGUAUCUUUACAUGUAUAGAUUCUCUAUUCUUCAUGAUCAAGAAUUAGACGGUUAGACUUAGACUGGGUUAGACCAAAGCCUAUUUUCACUAAUCUUCAAGUUUUCACCAUAUGAGGGAAAGCUUGACUUAUCAAACACAUCAACCAUUUCUUAAUCAUUACACUGAAACAACAAAAUGACUACUAAUUCAGUUGAUCAAACAUAUUCUUUAUGUGUGACUAAAAAGAUUAAUACACGCUCAUUAAGACAUGAUUGGGAAAUUCGAGAUUUUUAUUUCAUUCCGGUUGGGGUAAAAUUAUUGUCUUCAGUUUUUUCAUCUGGUUCAACUGAAAUUCAAGAUAUAUGGACCCUUCAGAUGGAUCUACAUCCACAACCGGAUACCGAUGACGUAAAAAUAUUGUUAAAACUUGAGUCAUUUAAUAGGAAUUCUAAUUUCCUUGCCAUGUAUGACGUGUCGAUUCUAAAUUAUGAAACUAAGCAAAAAGAGUACACCUUUUUUAAAAGUCCAGUGCCUGUUAAAUUUUCAAGGGAUUAUACAGAAGUUAGUUGUUCACUUCAACGUUCAACUUUAAUAAAUUAUUUAUCAAAUGACAAUUUGUUAAUUUCAUGUAAGUUGAAGAUAUCAACAAAUGAACCAGUUGCAAAUCAAUUUGUUAUGGCUACUAUUAAUACUACUAAACAAGUUUUGAAAAAUGAUUAUGCUAAACUUUUAAAAAGUGGUGAAUUCAGUGAUGUCAAUAUCAUAGUAAAAACAAAAUCAUUCAAAGCAAGCAAAUUCAUGCUCGCUGUACGUAGUCCAGUAUUUCGUGCCAUGUUUACUCACAAGGAGACUAAAGAAAAUACAGAAAAUGAAAUUAUAAUUGAAGAUAUUGAUGAAGAUGUUUUUGAAAAACUGUUGUAUUACAUUUACACAGGUGAGGUAAAGAAUAUUCAGGAAAUGACAAUGGAUUUAUUUAUUGCAGCUGAUAAAUAUCAGUUGGAUUAUCUCAAGAACCAGUGUGAGAAAGCUCUUGUCAGUUCUAUUGAUAUUGAAAAAGCAGCAGAACUUUAUGUAUUUGCUGAUAAAAAUAAUGCUAAAGACUUGAAACAUGAAACAUUAAUGUUCAUUAAAUCUCAUCUGCAGGAAGUGCUUGCUAGCGAAACAUUUAGAAAAUUGGAAAAAGAUAAAGGCAGUGUUCUUAGCAAGAUUCUUCGUGCCUUUGAUGGUAGUGAAUAAAUAUUAUUUUUUAAAGUGAACCAUCCUUUUUUUUUUCAUUGUAUAAUUAUUAAUUAAAGAAAAAUAAUUAUAAUAAUUUUUAUAAUUACAUGAAAAAAUAUUAAUUAACAUUAAAAUUAACUUCGAAUUUAAAGAC